AUGGGUGCAAGACCUCCUAUACCUCGCGCAGAAUGUGACACACAGUCACUAACUGACAGUGUGACGGACUAUCCUGUCGAGAAUGGCAGACGGUAUCACAAGUACCACGAGGGAGCCUAUGUCUAUCCCAACGAUGAACAAGAACUGGAUCGUCUAGACAUGCAGCAUCACAUGUUCAAGAUGGUCAUGGAUGGAAAACUGUUCCAUGUCCCACUUGCAGAUCCCCAAAAAAUCCUCGAUAUCGGCACCGGUUCAGGGAUAUGGCCAAUCGAGAUGGGUAUGAGUUCCCGCCCCCAACUUCCAAGCUUCUUGUCUCACAUCUCAAACUUUCCUGCAGCGGCCUUGUUUCCAAAUGCCGAGAUCACGGGGACAGAUCUCUCGCCCGUGCAGCCUACAGAGGUCCCACCAAACGUGCAUUUCCUCAUCGACGACGCCACAGAAGAAGAGUGGCUCUGGGAUGCAGACCAGUUUGACUUUAUCCACAUCGGCCACAUGACAGGUUCCUUGCCGUCCUUCAAGUGUAUCUUACGGCAGGCAUUCAAACACCUCAAGCCAGGUGCCUCGUUAGAAUGUCAAGAGCUGGACCCGAAGCCACAAUGUGACGACAACACCAUGCCCCCCGAGAACCCUGAUGGUGGAUUCAGCGCGUUUGCAUUGCACGACUGGGUAGAUCUCAACGUGCGCUCAGGCCGGGACGCUGAUCCAGCACGGCAAUUCCGCAUCGCACACCGAAUCGAUCGGUGGAUGAAAGAGAUUGGGUUUGUGGAUGUUGAACAGCGGGUCUCCAAGAUACCGUUAAAUACCUGGCCCCAGAAUGAAAAGUUAAAGAUGCUCGGUGCGUGGAGUGAGAGAAAUUGGCUGGAGGCUUUAUCGGGGUGGUCAUACAAACCAUUUCUUGCUCUUGGCUGGUCGAAACCGGAGAUCGAGGUGUUCCUGGUUGAUGUGAGGAAGAGUAUCCAAGACCGGAAUGUCCAUGCCUACAUGGAUUACUAUGUUGUCACAGGGAGGAAGCCUUUUGCUGGUGAAGCCGAAGCCUCUUGA